AUGGCUCCCGAUCUCAACACCCUCCCGCGCUCUGCGGCGCCUCCUCCUGCCCCCAACUCUGAGCAGCAAAAGCCAAACAUUCUAUACAUCAUGGCAGACCAACUGGCGGCUCCUCAGCUCAAAAUGUACAACCCAGACUCUCAGAUCAAGACGCCCAACCUGGACCGUCUGGCGGCUUCGGCCGUCCAGUUCGACUCGGCCUACUGCCCUUCACCUCUCUGCGCGCCCUCGAGAAUGAGCAUGAUCUCGGGCCUUUUGCCCAUGAGAAUUGGCGCGUACGACAAUGCUUCUCAGAUCAACUCGGAGGUGCCCACGUACGCUCACUAUCUGCGCUCCAAGGGCUACCACACCGCCCUGGCCGGCAAGAUGCACUUUGUGGGCGACCAGCUUCACGGCUAUGAGCAGCGUCUCACCAGCGACAUCUACCCCGGAGACUUUGGCUGGGUGGUCAACUGGGAUGAGCCGGACACGCGUCUCGAGUGGUACCACAACGCCAGCUCCAUUCUCCAGGCCGGACCGUGCGGACGCAGCAACCAGCUGGACUAUGACGAGGAGGUCAUGUACCGAAGCACCCAGUAUCUCUGGGACCACGUCCGCGAGGGAGCAGACAAGCGCCCCUUUGCCUUGACCGUUUCUCUCACUCACCCCCAUGACCCGUAUACCAUCACCAAGAAGUACUGGAACCGGUACGAAGACGUGGACAUUGCCCUGCCCAAGGUGCGCAUUUCCAAGGAGAAGCUCGAUACUCACAGCCAGCGCCUGCUGAGAGUCUGUGAUCUGUGGGACCUGGACUUCACCGACGAGCAGAUCAAGAGGGCAAAGCGGGCGUAUUACGGUUCAGUAAGCUAUGUUGAUGACUGCAUCGGCAAGCUGCUCGAGACGCUCGAAGACGCUGGGUUGAUGGACAACACCAUCGUCAUCUUCAGCGGUGACCACGGCGACAUGCUGGGCGAGCGCGGUCUCUGGUACAAGAUGAGCUACUUUGAGUCCUCUGUCCGUGUUCCCAUGCUGGUGCACUAUCCCAAGUGGUUUACCCCUCACCGUGUCACCCAGAACGUCUCGACGCUGGAUCUGCUGCCCACCAUUUGCGACAUCAUCGGCACCAAGCCCGCGCCGUACCUGCCCAUGGAUGGCGUCAGCAUGAUGCCGCAUCUCCUGGGUCAAGAGGGUGGUGAUACCGUUUUCGCCGAGUACACGGGCGAGGGGACUGUUCGCCCCAUGAUGAUGAUUCGACGGGGGGCCUGGAAGUACAUCACCUGCCCGGCAGACGAGCCUCAGCUGUUCAACCUCGAGAAGGACCCCCUGGAGCUGGACAACCUGGCCCGGUUCGCGUCCAAGAUUGAGCCGCAGACGGAGGACGAGAAGGAGGCCAGGGCUGUGUUCCUGAGCUUCGAUGCCGAGGCCAAGGCGAAGUGGGACUUUGAUGCCAUCACGGAGAAGGUGUUGACGUCUCAGCGAAGCAGACGGCUGGUGUGGGAUGCGUUGAAGAUUGGCACUUUUACGAGCUGGGACCACAACCCGAAUGAUGAUGGCCGAGAGAAGUAUAUUCGAUCUCACAUGGCGCUGGAUGAUUUGGAGAGACGCGCGAGGUACCCCUUUGUGGACUCGCAAGGCUAUGAGAUUUCGGCAACGGUCAAUUCGACUCGAGGCUAA